UCAUUAUAAAAAAAAAAGCUGAGUGGGAGUGUGUUUUUUUCCUCGAAGAAAUCCAAACGCAUAAUAAAACUGAUUUAUAUAUUAUAUAUUCACUAUUGAGAAUCAUAAAGGAAAGCAAAUUCUGUGCAUAUCUAUAGGCGUUAAUAAUCGCGAUCUACAAACAUACAUAAGUGCAAAUUGCAAUUGUUAAAAAAAGAGCAAAUUAUCUAAUAUAUAAAUAUGUCUCGCUCAAUGGAUUCUGAACAUUUAUUCGAUUACUAAGUGUUGAUUGUUGAUAUUUCCGGAUACAACGAUUUAAAGUUUAGUGGAGUAAAGAAAAAAUAACAAACAGACGCCUAGGCAGAAUAUUUGACGCCAUUUUAUUUCUGCGUAUUCCUUUGUACGAAGGUCAUUACACACAUACAGCUGUGUUCAUGUAUACACACACACAAUUAUAAUACGGACGCAUCACGACAUAUGUGCUUAUGUAUGAAUAAAAAUAAACAUAUAAAACAACUACAUACACAACCUAUGUAUGUGUAUAAAUAAUCCAGAAACAAAGUUAUACAACAAAAUAUUUUGAUAUAAACAAAGAAUACGAAAUCUGGCUGCAGUGUUUUUGCAGUUCACAAGAAGCAAAUCAAUUUUAAAUUGAGCAACACACAUUUGUUGAAAGUGUAAUGUUAAUGAGGCAGUGUAGACACCAGCAAAUAUACAACAACAGCAACAUCAUCGAGAAAAGAGUCGCAGUUAAGAAAAGAAUCGCAGUUCAUCCGAGUACCAUGUUUAGAAAUUUCAAAGUCGUUUACACUAUUCCUUUCUGGGCUAUACAUGGAGCUAGAGCCAUUCAAACGAGAAACAUUAAGACGCCGCAGAUAUUGAUAAGUAGUUGCUGUGCUUAAGGUGCUUGUGUUUUUAGUUUUGUUGUUAUUGUAAACCAAAAUCAAUUUGUCGUCAAAUUUGAUUUAUUUGGAAUAAUAAACUUAUCAUCGUUCUCAACGCUCACCAAUUGAUUGUCCUGCAAUUUGAAUUUUCGCAAUAUCUACGUAUUGCCCAAUUGAGAAUAUUAUUGGUAAGACAAUCCCGAGAAACGAGAACCAGUGGAAAUUACAAUGAAGUUGCUCGAAAGCUCUCGCUUCGAGGCCAUUAACAAUGCGAUUUCCACUCAGGCCGGUGGAGUCACAAUCUUUGGACGCAUCGAAAGCUAUUCAUGCAAAAUGGUAGCUGCCGAAAAGGUGCUGUACAAACGUUUUACGGCCGAGACACAUGGCCAUGAUCUGCAGGCCUUGUCGCCUCCACAAACGCUGUCGGACAUUUCGCCCAACUUUCAUCGCAAUAACAGUCAGUCCGGCGAUGAGGGUGUCAUUUUGUGCGACACAAUCUCGCGCAAAACUCUCUUUUACUUAAUUGCAACCUUGAAUGCUUCAUUUGAACCUGAUUAUGAUUUUUCAGAUGCAAAGUCGCAUGAGUUCAGCAAGGAGCCUUCCUUGCCGUGGGUUAUGAAUUCUGUUCAUUCGAACUUAUCCGCUUUGGCUGGCGAUCAAUACCAGGCAUUGCGCCAACCACUAUGGUCUGCCGUCGACGACGAAGUCAACUUGUCAGAGUGCGACAUAUACAGCUAUAAUCCGGACUUGAGUUCCGAUCCUUUCGGGGAACCUGGUUGCUUAUGGUCUUUCAACUAUUUCUUCUACAACAAGAAGCUCAAGCGCAUCGUUUUCUUCACCAGCAGAGCCGUAAACUCGCUUUAUGCUGGGGAAACAUCAGACUUUUCAAUGGAAGAAGACUUGUACUAAAUAUUAUCAUAAUUUCUAUAUGCUCUAAAUUUUGUACUUUAACUAUUAGUGCGGGCAUCAAAGGUAGACUUGAUUAACCGUGUGUGAAUCUGUGCUUUUUAGUACACACAUUUUUCUAUGAAUUCAGAACAAAAUAUGUUGUAGAACUAUUCUUCAAUCGCAUCACUAGCACGUUUCUGAUUUAGCAAAGCAAACAUGCAGAUCAAUAUGUAACAUUUAAUCAAGUACUUUAUUCAAAACAAUAUUAAUGCAAAAAUUCGUUAAAG